AUGAUAGGAGCUAAUAUUAUCACAUUUCUGAAGAAUUUUUUUAUUUUAAUAUGUCUUAAGGAAAGCUGUAUUGAAUUUUUAUCUUUGGAUGAUAAAAACACGAACUCUUUGAAAAGGUUGAUGUUGCUUAAAACCUUUAUUUGUUUUUCUAUGUAUUCAGUAUUGAUCUUGUUUGUAUUUUUAUUGAUAUGUUUAAUUAUGAAAGAAAAGGUGCCUCCAUAUUUAAAGCAGAUUAGUACAUGCUUAAAUGCUAUAGUACAGAAUGAGGAGGUAAAUGAUGAAGAAUCAGAAGAAUUUAAAAGUACAGUAGAUGAACCUAUAAUUCAGGAAAAUAAUGUAGUUGAAGUUAAAAAUGAGAGUGAACAUCAUAUUUUAUCAGAUAGUUCUUUUGAUGAAUCUCGAUAUUCUUUUUCUGAAAGUAUAUUUUCUUCUUAUUCUUCUAGUCGUAGUUCUGAAAGUGUUUUAAUAAAUUAUCCAUUUAGGCCUUUUUCAAUAUAUAGAAGCAAAAGGGAUAUAUAUGAACUUUUAAAUUCUUUCUAUGAAUUGCCAAGUGAAACUGAUAUUAUGCGUAUAUGGUAUAAAGCGUUAUAUGUGGCAAGGUAUUCAACUGAAAUGAAAGAGAAUUUAAAGAAUUAUAUGUGGUGUUAUUUCUCAAAAUAUCCCAAAAAUAUAGUACGUAAAUAUAGGGAAUGCAUUAACUUAAUUGGAAGAAAAUUUUCUAACGAAAUUUCAUUUAGAAUGUAUCCUUAUAUAAUAAAAUAUAAUAGAAGAUUCAGAAAAUUAGUUCAAUCAAAAGCACAACUAUAUGUUAUUGUAAAUUUUAUAUAUAAUUUUACAGAAUUGUUGGAUGCCAUGAAAAAAGAAAUAUAUUGUAAAUACAAAAGGGACUGUUUUAAAUAUAUUUGUGUAUAUUUCGAAAAAUAA